AUGACCAGAGUCCUUGCUGGGGUUAGUCUGUGGUAUCAUGGUAGAGGGUUCGAAGGCUGACUCUGCCCAGCCGUACUGUACACAAAUUCUUGGCGAUCUAGGGUACGAUUGAUGAGCCCAGUAUUGACCAUCUUUGGGUCAGACCUCACGAACUCUGUAGGCUUAUUCCGAAGUAGAGCAGAAGUCAUCAAGAUCGAACACCCAACACGAGGUGACGACACGAGAGCAUGGGGUCCACCCUACGCACCGUACGCCAAAGACAGCGGCAAAGAGGGUCAAGGCGAAGCAGCUUAUUUCCUGAGCGUACGACUUCAUUGCAGCUAAAGUCCGAAUUGUGCUGAUGUCGAGUAGGUCAACCGCAACAAGAAAUCGAUCGGUCUCUCAUUUCAGAGCAAAGCCGGCGUGGAGAUCUUGCAUAAACUUGCCAAGGACUGCGACGUCCUCGUGGAGAACUACCUACCGGGAGCCCUGAAGAAAUACAACAUGGACUACGAAAGCGUCUCGAAAGUAAACCCCAAGAUCAUCUACGCCAGCAUCACCGGCUAUGGGCAAACGGGACCGCACAGCUCGAGAGCAGGCUACGAUGUCAUGGUUGAAGCUGAGAUGGGCCUCAUGCACAUCACGGGCCAUCGCGAUGGACCACCGGCCAAAGUGGGAGUAGCAGUGACGGACUUGACGACAGGCCUCUACACCAGCAACUCGGUUAUGGCUGCUCUUCUAGCCAGAGCUAAGACUAACAAAGGUCAACACAUUGACGUGGCGCUCGCGGACUGUCAGGUCGCUACUCUAGCCAACAUCGCCUCUUCCUGCCUCAUCUCUGGAAAGGCUGACUCGGGUCGUUGGGGCACAGCUCAUCCUUCCAUUGUGCCAUACAAAGCAUUCAAGACUAGUGAUGGUGAUAUACUCCUGGGAGGUGGAAACGACCGGCUCUUCGGUGUCCUGUGUGACAAGAUCGGCAAGCCAGAAUGGGCCACCGACGACAAAUUCAAAACCAACGCCGACCGAGUGAAGCGAAGAGACGAGCUCGAAGACUUGAUCGAAGGAGUCACGCGAUCCAAGACGACGGAAGAAUGGCUCAAGAUUCUGGAAGGAAGCGGGAUGCCCUAUGCGCCUAUCAACGACGUCAAGACGACGCUAGAGCAUGAGCACAGUAAGUCCACCGCCUGCCUCCAUGUUUCUAACGUUCUGCUAACUCUAUCGCCAGCUCUCGCUCGGAAUAUGGUGACCGAAGUAGACCAUCCUUCCUGCGGCCCCAUGAAACUCGUCUCUCCACCCGUCAAGUUCUCCGAAUCCAAACCCAGCAUUCGUACGCCACCGCCGACGUUGGGUCAGCAUACCAACGAGGUCCUGUCCGAGCUGCUGGGCAUGAACAAUAGCGAGAUCGAAGCGCUGAAGAAGGAUGGCGUGGUUUCAUAA